AUGUCCUCGCAAGAAAACACUACGCCUCCUCCUCCUCCUUCUCUUCAUACUGGCCAUUCUAGCAUUUACGAUUUUCAGGUGCUAGACGCUGACCAUCAGCUGUACAAUCUCUCUCAACACAAGGGACAUCCACUAUUAAUAUACAAUGUGGCCAGCAACUGCGGCUAUACAAAGGGUGGAUACGAGACAGCGACAACUCUCUAUAAUAAGUAUAAAGAUAAGGGGUUCACUGUAUUGGCUUUCCCAUGUAAUCAGUUUGGUGGACAGGAGCCUGGUUCAGCACAGGAAGUGAAGGAGUUCGCCUGUACACGGUUUAAGGCAGAUUUCCCAAUCAUGGCGAAGAUUGAUGUAAAUGGUGAGAAGGCACAUCCAUUAUAUGAGUAUUUAAAGAGUUGUCUCUCUGGAAGUGCGGGAGUACAGGCUAUUAAGUGGAAUUUUACUUCUUUUCUUAUUGAUAAGAAUGGAGUACCUGUGAAGCGGUUUUCCCCUGAUACUACUGUGGAUGAAAUUGAGCAGCAGUUAAUCGCUCUGCUUGAUGAUGAUCAUGUUCAGAACUCAUCUUAG